AUGUACCGGAACAACUCUGUGAUAUCAAAUUCGUCGGACUCGCCACAGACAUCCCAGCCGUACUACUCUAGAAUUCUCUUACCAAAAGUGUCGGGUAAUGGUCCAAUAAAUCAUUCUCAAAGGCGACACUCUCUUUUAAAUGGUUCAAGUUCAACAUCCUCAGACCGUUCUAAACAAUCACUAGUUUCAGCCUAUUUUGGUCGAAGUCGAACACUACACAGGGAUUCCCCAAGUUAUAUGCCGACUAUCUUUAACUUCCAGCCUUUAAAUGGUUACCAUUCUCCAGUUCUGAAACGUCGCGUUUGUCGGACUGAGAGCACAAAGGCAAACUUAUUUGGGACUCCUGAGCCACCUAAUUCAGAUAUAGCCAUUAAACAUGGUUUACGUGUUUUCGAGUCGAAAAAGCGUGCUCGUGAACUUUCUGAUAUUACUGUUACUACAGAGGAAUCAUCGCAAGAUGAAUCAGACUUUGGAAAUUCUAAGCGUCGAAAAACAUCUAGGACAUUCGAUAUAUCUACCGUGGGGUGCACACACGAUGUCGACGGCUUUUCUUUCACAUCCUUGCGUCAACUCAAUAGCGGAAAUGCAGUUGGGGUUACUGCCUGCGCCACUGAUAACAGAUUACUAUCCAAAGUGAGCGAUCGAAAUAGCAAAUCCGUUCAGACGCAAGUUUUGAAUGAGUGCGAAGAUGAUAGAACGGUUUCAACCACAUCAUCUGCGGGGAGUGUUAAACCGUCCCUAAAUAAUAUUUUUGGAUCUGCUGCAGCUCUGAGAAGAAAGAUUCCAUACAUGUCACCAUCUGAACUUGAAGCCCAUUUGUUGUCUACUAAAGCUUUAACAUAUACGAGUCAGUAUGAUCUAGAGAAUCACACCUCAGAAGCAGGUGAUUUUAAUUCUAUUGAUUUGGAUACAUCACCUUUUCAGUAUUUAAGAAAAAAAGUCACUGCUCGUAGAAUUGCAACUGAAAACCAAACCGUAGAGGAUUCAACUCAGUCGUCUUUAAAUAAUGUUGGACCACCACUAGUUACUAAUAUAACUUGUUACGAUGAGAAAUCAGAGACUGACAGUUCAGAACUCCCAGUUGUUCAGCCGACAUCCUUAAAUCGCUUUAUUGCAAACCUUGAAAGUCAUUCAAACCUAUUUCUUAAUAAGAUGAGUCAGUCACAGAUUAAGACUGCUUCUGCGGGAUUUGAUGUGGAAUCACGUGUGAAACGUAUUCGUGAACUGAUCUCAGCCAAAUCUAGUAAUAAUUCGAGCAGUUCAUGUGGUUAUAGUACUCACUCUACUAUCAGUUCUAUUACAAGUACUAGCUAUUGUAGUCCCAUCACUCAAAUCCUAGCUAGUUCAAAUUCAUCUCCUAUAGUUUCUACCAUAUCAUCGUCACUGCCUAGUGCUCAUUCAACAUCUGGCGUAAGUUUCAUGUCAGUCAUUGUAUGUAACACUUCUGCAUCAGUUCAGAAUAUCACCUCCAUUAGCAAUCCAUUGGCAUCUUCAACCACUUCCAAACAUUUCAGUUUUCCUGUAAUUAGUUCAGUUAGUGAAGUUAUCAGUACUCAAGCUGUUAUCCCAACAUCUAUUACCGUUACUUCUAUAGUAAGUCUACCUGGUAGCAUAAGUUUUGGUUUUACUUCUACAUCCAACAUAUCUUCUCCAUCCGCCCCAGUGACUAGUGCAAGUACAGUAUUAGCAACUGCCGUUACAUCAGUUUCAUUUUCUUUCUCUACUGCUUCUACCGCCCAUGCAUCAAUUUUGAAGGAACCAACAAUCAUUUCAACAAUAGCUGUAACUACGUCAGCUUCAGUCUCACAUCCAAUAUUUCCAUUAGUUACCAAUUUCAGUGCUGUCUCAACAUCUGAAAGUAAUUCAUCACUAGUUCCAUCUUCCAUAUUUACUUUUCCGACCAGCACGAUAACUACAUCUGCCACAAUAAUUUCUGCAACGGCGACAACAACAGCAACACAGAAGAUCACUCCUGCUUUCUCUUUUUCAUUUCCACCUACUUCAUCGACUCCUUUACAGACGACUAGUUCAAACUUAUCAUCGACAGCAAAUCUUAGUUCAAGUGUUUUUGAACCUUUGAAGCCUAUUUCUACAUUCAGUGAGUUUUCUUUCCCGAAACCAGCUAUUACAUCAUCGGCUAUUGUUCCUACUAGUAACCCAUCAUCGGUAGCUGAAAAUAUAGUUCAGUCCGACAGUAGCAGACCGUUUACUUUUGGUUCAAUUAAUUCCCAACCCAUUUCUACGGCUUCCAUUUUUACAUUUGGAGCGUCGACAGUGACUACAUCCUCACUAAAACCAAUCUCAUCCGUUAGUUUUGGAUCAACUUCUAUGCCAUCAUUUUUGGGAUCAUUUUCCAACUCUGGACCUGUGUCAAGUAGUUUUGUCUUUGGUGCUAACGUGUCUAAACCUUCAUCAACCAUUUCAAGUGGUGCUUUUGGUCAGAUAACGGGUACCACGUCAUCGCUAAAUACUGUAGCAAAUAAUGUUGGUUUGUUUACCUUUGCAUCCCCAAUUACUAGUACUUCUGGCGUGUCAUUAUUUGGAUCAAAUUCUAUUAACAUCAGUUCCACAACUGUAUCACUUCCCACAAACACGUCUGUAUCUGGUUUCAGUUCAACUACGAUAAACCCAUUACUUAAUCCAGUGUCUACAACAUUUUCAACAAACUCCUUUACUCUUGGAAUUAAACCAGCAAAUGUAACUCCUGCCAAAACUACAUCUUUAUUUGGAGCUAGUAAUUCGAUUUUCGAAACUCCUAAUACAUCAUCAUCUUUAAAAUUCAAUUUUAAUCAGUUAACUUCUAGCGCCGCAUCUAAUGUAGCCAUCACCAGUGGAUUGUCGUUUGGUACGACAAUUGUGACUACAACUGUAACUUCUGUAACGCCUGGUAGUACAUUGUUUCAGUUCGGUAGUUUCAGUUCUAAUUCAAAGCCAUCUGCAGCUUCCGUUUCUCAACCGCUCUCUUUUGGUUCCUCAGUGCCUCAAUUUUCGUUUGGCCAACACUUCACACCUGCAUGUUCACAACCGAGCACCCUACCAACUUUGUCAUUUUCCUCGCUUAAUUCGGGUCCCAUAACUACUACCACUAACUCUUUUCAAUUCUCUUCAACUCCUGUAUUUUCUAAUAUUAAUCCGCCAACUAAUUUUAGUGGCUUUAAUUUCUCUCUACCCCAAACAUCUACACCAAGUGUAAUUACACCUCAAACAAAUGCUUGUUUUGUUUUUGGUCAAACACCGUUAAGUACUGGCGUUGCUAAUUCCAAUCCAUUCACUUUUAAUACAUCUUCAACUAAUCCUCCAUCUAAUGCUACGAAUGCGCCUCGACGUCGACCACUUUCAAGCAGACGCUCUCGUCGUCCAUAA